CGAUCAUUGACGCUGAUGAUUUGCCAUUGAACGUAUCGCGUGAAACCCUGCAACAACAUAAGACCCUUCAACUGAUAAAGAAAAGCAUCAUCAAAAAAACGCUGGAGAUGAUCUCCAACCUCUCAAAGGAUGAGGAGAAAUAUAAGAAAUUCUUAAAAGAGUUUGGAGUUAGUCUUAAGGUUGGAGCGAUUGAGGACAACGGUAAUCGAAAGAAGAUUGCACAAUUAUUACGCUUUCCAUGUUCCAACAAAGAAGCAAAUUGGACGAGUUUGGAUGGGUACAUUAGCAGGAUGAAGAGUCAACAAAAAGAAAUAUAUUUUAUCACUGGAAGUUCUAUCGAAGAGAUUGAAAAAUCACCGUUCAUAGAAGGGUAUAUAAAACGCGGAUACGAG